AAGCUAGCCGGGCAUGAAGAGAGGAGAGACCGCGGGGUGGGAACUGCAAGCGUCGUGCGAUCAGGAGAGAGGGGCGUCAGCCGAAGGUAGACGGCGGGCGAUGGAGGCGAGCUCGGCCGCGUCGCCGGACCUGUCGCUGCACAUCAGCCUGCCUAGCAGCGCGGCGGGGUCCGGCCCGUCCGGCAGGCGCGCCGCCGUGGGGGGAGGAACGGGAGGAGGAGGAGGCGCCGGGGGAGACCCGUGGCGGAGGCUGAACGGGUCCACAGCGUCCACGGAGCUGUCCCUGUCGCCGCCGGUCGAGCAGGAGCACGCGGACGCGCUGCCGUGGCGACACCGGCCGUCGGCGGCGGCCGCGUCCUCCGCGGCCACCACGUCGGCGGGCGCCACGCUGAUGCCCGCCAUGCCGAUGCUUCAGCCGCUGGACGGCGGGGGCGGGCUAGGCGCCGGCGCCGGCGCAGGAGGGGGAGCGUCGGUGGCGCUGCCAAUCCGAGGGAUACCUAUCUACAACGGCCCGGGGGGCUUCCCGUUCCUUCCGCCGGCCUCCGGGGCCGACGGCGCCCCCCUCCACCACCACCAGCAGCAGCAGAAGCUCGGGUUCUACGGCUCGUACCACCCGAGCACGUGGCCCUCGUCGCUCGGCUCCACGUCGCCGUCGCCGUCGCCGCUCGCGCCGGGCACGCCGCCGUCCCCGCUGCUGGACCCAGCGUCGGCGGCGUUCCUGUCCCCGGCCGCGCAUCACCACCACCGGAUGCUGUCGGCAUCGGGCCGGCUCAACGGCAUGCUCACCGACACCCUCCGCGGCUACGGCGCUGGCGGCGUCGGCGGACUGGGCGGCAUCGUCGGCGGGCACCACCACCACCACCACCACCUCCACGGCGCGCAGCCGUUCGGCCUGGGCUCCCGGUUCAUGCCCAAGCUCCCCGCCAAGCGCAGCAUGCGCGCGCCGCGCAUGCGGUGGACGAGCACGCUCCACGCCCGCUUCGUCCACGCCGUCGAGCUCCUCGGAGGCCACGAGAGGGCUACGCCCAAGUCGGUGCUGGAGCUCAUGGACGUGAAGGAUCUGACCCUAGCCCACGUCAAGAGCCAUCUCCAGAUGUAUCGGACCGUGAAGAGCACUGACAAGCCUGCGGCGUCAUCAGGGGCGAACGACGGCGGCUCCGGCGACGAGGACUUCGCCGGCGGUGGCCAGGCUGGCUCCGGCGGCGAGAACAUGUGCGCGAGGCCGUUCGGGGAGCACCGGUCCACCUCCGAGGGUGCGGCGAGCUCGGUGGGCGGCGGCGGCGGGGGCGACAUGGACCAGUCUUCGGCAGGCAACGGCAGCACCAGGUGGAGCAACUCGUCAAGGGACCCAUGGCUGUCGUCGAAUUCAUGCAACAUGGAUGCUCAUCGCUUGGCAGCGUUGUCUUCUCCGAUUGAGAACGGGGAGCCUUGCCGAUCGAGCAGCUCGCAGGUGUCGAACCAGGAGCUGAUGAGCAGCCCGAGCCUGGAGUUCACGCUUGGGAGGCCGGACUGGCAGGGCACGGAUCAUGACUAGCAGUAGCAAUAGCUAAGCUACUAGCUGCUAGCCAUGCGUCGACCGUACGUGGAGCUCUAGCUAGCUAGAAGGCUAACUUCUUCAUUGAGGCCGGGUGGUUAUAGUAGCAGCACUACUACUGAUAUCAGGCGGUGCGCGCGUGUGCAUGCCUGAUGAUCCCCCAAGCAACUCGUAGACGACGACGACGACGACAGGUUUUUUCGCCUGCGAAGUCGAACAGAUCAAUCAACAAGUACAGCAGCAGCAGCAACCGCGCGCGUCUCCAUCGAUGGGUGUGGAGAUCAUGGUGAGUACGUACGUGCCGACGGACGGAGCACCGGCCUGGAAGAAGGGAUUUUAAAGACUUACUGGGUCACUCUCUCUAUUUCUUCUCUGUCAGAGAGAGGGAGGGAGAGUUGAGUGGGCUGCCUUUGGGUGAGUGGUUUGUUAGAUUGGCCAUGCCAUGUUCCUGAUUUCCUUUUCUUUCUUGCUUCUCUCUCUUUUUGUUUCCUUGUGCCAUGUCGAGCGGGCGCGAGAUUGUGUCAGCGCAGCCGGCGGUGCAGCAGGGGGUAUGCAUGAUGGGAGUCGUCGUAGCUGGCUGGCUAGCUGAUGAUGGCGAGAGAGAGGCGUAAAGCUAGCCUUGUGUGGUGGUGUGGGAGUGAGUGAGUGAGUCGUGUGCGUUCGUCCAAUGCAUGUUUGGUCCGUGUGGUGUGUGAAGCUAGCUAUACCUAGCGUAUCAUUAGCACAUGCAAAGCUGGAAAGGAGAGAAAAGAAAGAAAAGGGAAUGAGUUCUCA